AUGUCUGUGCUCACAGUGUCGGUGGUCCUGGUCGGUCUGUAUGCUGUGUGUCGUUGUAUGAUUCCCUGGUUGGUUCAGUCUAACUCCACUCUGGCUCUGCUGUGGUACGACUUCGUGCUGGAGAUGACCCUUGACCUCCUGACACGAACAACACGACCUCAGCGCCUCCUGCGGGCUGUCAUUAUAAAUGCAGUCAGAGGAGAUCCAGACAGCGUCAUCAGAGCCAUCGAUCACUUCUGUAAACACACAGAGUGGGCGAUGAACAUAGGAGACGAGAAAGGCGCCAUCUUGGACUCGGUUGUCAUGGAAACAUCUCCAUCCACAGUACUGGAGUUGGGGACGUACUGUGGUUACUCUGCUGUUCGCAUCACCAGGCUGUUGCCUCCUUCAACAAGGCUGAUUACUGUGGAGAUGAACCCUGAUUACGCUUGCGUGGCGCGACAGGUCAUCCAACACGCAGGCCUGCAGGACAAGGUGUGCGUGCUGGAAGGCCAAUCAGCUGACCUCAUUCCUAAAAUGGCCGAAAUGUUUGGGAUCCAGACAUUUGACUUUGUUUUCCUUGACCACUGGAAGGACCGCUAUCUGCCGGACAUCAGAUUGCUGGAGGACUGCAGUCUCCUGGCCCAGGGGUCGGUGGUCCUGGCUGAUAAUGUGGUCUGCCCUGGAACUCCAGACUACCUGAACUACAUCAGAUCCAACCUGAACUACAGGAGCAGGUUCUACCAGGCUCACCUUGAGUACACCAGAGUCCUGGAUGGACUGGAGAGGUCCGAGUACCUGGGGUGCAGACAGGGAAAGAGACAAGUAGACAGAGAGACAGACAGGUAG